CCUGGGGCAUGAUGCAGGAAGACAUGAACGUGGUCGAAGAUAAGGAGAACUCGGUUGAGGUCGCGCGGCCGGCUCCCAAGGACGGGGAGGCGCCGCCGCAUACGGUGUUUCCCGGACGCUACGAGCGUUCUGGGAUCUACUUCGGCAGGAUAGAGGGCGAGGGGAAGGACGGCCAUGCCGUGAAGCUCGUGCAGGAUGCCGUCGAGCUGCUGAAAGGGAUUCCCGGCGCCUGCCAGGUGAAGAAAACGAAGAACGACCCUUCCACGGCGGCGGUCAUCAUGACUGUAGGGCAACACCAAGACGGGUACUGGAACUGCGCACGGAUGUUGGAGCAAAUUCCGGGGCUCAUCGCCAUCCACGAGCUGACAAGCGAGCCACACCGGCAGCUGGUCAUGGUCUUCGACAACUCUACCGGGCACUCGGCGUUCGGCGCCGGCGCAUUGGUGGGUGAGCACGUUGCCCUGAGGCCAGGGGGAGCGCAGGGCGCUCUUCGCAAUUUCGAGGACGACGAGGGGAACCCCGUGCACACCACCUUCAGGGUCGGCGACAAGCUCCGUUUUACCACGAACGUGAAAGAGGGCGAGGGGAAGGACGGCCAUGCCGUGAAGCUCGUGCAGGAUGCCGUCGAGCUGCUGAAAGGGAUUCCCGGCGCCUGCCAGGUGAAGAAAACGAAGAACGACCCUUCCACGGCGGCGGUCAUCAUGACUGUAGGGCAACACCAAGACGGGUACUGGAACUGCGCACGGAUGUUGGAGCGAAUUCCGGGGCUCAUCGCCAUCCACGAGCUGACAAGCGAGCCACACCGGCAGCUGUUCAUGGUCUUCGACAACUCUACCGGGUACUCGGCGUUCGGCGCCGGCGCAUUGGUGGGUGAGCACAUUGCCCUGAGGCCAGGGGGAGCGCAGGGCGCUCUUCGCAAUUGCGAGGACGACGAGGGGAAGAACCCCGUGCACACCACCUUCAGGGUCGGCGACAAGCUCCGUUUCACCACGAACGUGUUUGCCCCGAAAACGGAGGAGGAGCUCGAGGCGGAAAAGAAAGCGGCAGAGGAGGCGGAGGAGAAGGGGUUGCCGGUGAAGAAAUCCAAGAAGAACGGCAAGAACCUCGGGAAGUUCAAGAAGGGCGACGAGGUCAAGGCGACUGGCCCCACCGCCGUUCUCAUCGGCCUGCCGAAAGGAGGAAAGCAGCUGCUCAUGGAGAUGGGGCUGUGGGAAGGCGAGCCAACCCUACGCGUUCACGAGUGCAGCGCGUGCAGGGCGGAAAAGGCGGCAACAAGGCAAGCCAUUACCGCCUUC